AUGCGGAUUCAGCUUCUUCCGCGCUCUUCGGCAUCCAACAAAGACUUUUACAAGAUUUUCGCCAUUUUGUUUAUUAUAAUCUACUCUUUCUUGUGGGUUUCCAAGCCUGAUUGUGACGAAGAGUUGAGCUGGACCGCCUGUUACAAAAAUGUGAUCAAACUAAAAAGAGAAGUUGUAAAAAAUGAUUCAGCUAAGCGGAUGGAGAGAUAUAUUCUACCUGAAUUGAUACGUAAGGUUUACUUGGACAGAACUCGCGCUGAGUUUUUGAAGCACUGGUGUCGUGAAAGACAUGCCAGGUUGGACUGGGAAGCCAUGUUAUCUCCCUGUGCAGACCAGAUCGUCUGGAACUAUCCAAGGAGAAAAGAAAAUUCUACAGAUCCCAACACAAGCGUUAUCUCACUCUGGGAUAUCAGACCUGUAGGUGAAUACAGUCGUUUUAGUAUUCGGUCACAGACUACGGAAGGCCAUCCAAAGAGGCGGGGUGGAGAUACAUGGAGAGUGGUUCUAAGAGGCCCGUCGUCUAUAUCCCCAACUGUUAUUGAUCAUAACAAUGGAACAUACGAGGUGUUGUUUCUUGUAAUGGAAGCAGGUGUCUACAUAGUGAAUAUAACUUUGGAUUUUACCUUGUGUAAAGGUUUUCUAGAUCCUCCAGUGGACUGGUUUAUAGUGGGUAAGUAAAUCCCUUUUAUCGUUUUCUAAAUGUAGCGCAAACCUACCUACAGGUCCAUAAGGCAGACACCUCACUAAGACCGACACUAGAGUUGAUCUCUGCUGUGCGGACACCUCCCUAAAACAAGACACGUAGGACUGGCCACUGACUUUCUUCAGCCCUUUUCUUUGACUAUGCAUAAGGUGGACACGCGCUGAUCCCAAUGGUGUUCGUUUUAGAGAACUGCAGAACUGUCCGCACUUGAGAGAGUGUAUUACAAAAAAACAAGGAACGGGGAACAGGCUCGGGCGACGAGAAAAUGGAAAAUGGAAACAGAGAACAAAGUUACUGAUAGAGCUGGGGUUUAAGCUUGGUUUUAUUCCCACUUUUGAUUACCCUUCCUCUGCGCUCAUUCUCCACUGCUCGUUACCUGAACAUUCCCCGUUUUAGUAAAAACGCCCGGUUAGCUCAGUUGGGAGAGCGCCGGUCUGCUGAGCGUGAGGCCGUAGGUUCAAACCCCGGCCGGACCAACACUCAGGGUCUUUAAAUAACUGAGGAGAAAGUGCUGCCUUUGUAAUAACAUCUGCAAAUGGUUAGACUUUCUAGUCUUCUCGGAUAAGGACGAUAAACCGUAGGCCCCGUCUCACAAGCCCUUGCACAUGUAGUAAAUCUGUGGGACGUUAAAGAACCCACACACUCUUCGUAAAGAGUAGGGCACGUAGUGCCCGGUGUAGUGGUCUAUCUCAGUUUCACACUCAUGUAUGGGUGCAUCAUCACUCAUUCCUUCAGUACUUGUAAACUGCACCUUAAGCAGUCUGGCAAAGUCCCCCAACCAGUGUUGUAAAUUAUCCCUGAAAAGCCCUGUGGGGAGUGGAUAAUAAAAUAUUUACAAUUACAAUUAGUAAAAUCUCUUGAGAGGUACUAGCUGGCGUUAACAGAAGGAGGAUCGACUGUAUGCUUCGACUCAGUUGGCCUACGAGCGUGUUUGAACUUACUUGUUAAGAUAUUACCACAACUGGUGAUAUCACUACUUAUUGCUUUUUUUUAAAAAAAAAAAAAAAAAUUCUCAAGGAAACGCGCAGGGUAAAAAGCAGCGGCACUUAGGAGUUGAAGGAAACAAAGACUUUCUCCAAGCACCACUGUGGAGUGGAAAUCCUGUGCAAAUAACAGUCCCACCAGCCGAGGGCGGUAAGAUACAUUUGAGCUUGUCUGCUUGUUUUAGUUGAUAGAACAGUGAAAGUACGGCAUUGAUAGAAACCUCUAAAUGGCCGACUUAUAGGAAUAUUGCAGUUCUGUUGCUUUUUGUAAUGCAGCAGUCAGUUCUCGUGGUGUUUAGGUAACUUGUGCCGUGUAUUUUUAUCGUUAUUUAAGGACGCCAGUCGCUGUCCAGCAUUUCAGAGGCAUAUUUAAACGGAGUUAGUGGUGCACAUUGUGGUGUCACGUGUAAUUUUAUGUGGGACGGUUAUGGACGUUGGGUGCAAGACACCUGGAAAUCACAUGUUAAAGGUAUGUGUCGAAGGGAAAAAGGUUUUUCAGUAUUUAAGGCAACUUAGUCGUUUAAGGAGAAACACGAAGAGAAGAGGUGGCCGUGAGGUAAGGCUUGAAGAAAAGAUAACAGGAGAGAAGUGGAGGAUGGAGUGGGGUGGAGUGGAGGGGACAGAAAAAGACUUGGAGAUGAAAGGAGAACACCCUCUGGACAGGAGAUAAAACUGGUUGGGAGAUGGAUAAGAUGAGAUAAGUAAGUAAAAAUAGGGAGGAGAAAGGAGAAGAGGGGUGGAGUUGAGGGGAAACACCAACCAGGCAAGAGUGGAGGAGAGGAAAGAGUAUUGAUACAGGUCCAGGGGAAGAAAGGAGAGGAUAAGGGGAAAGAAGAAAUGCGAUGGGGUGAAUGGGAGAGAAUUGUUAGAAGUGGCCACGGAGAACAUUGAAGGGCUGAGGAGACUAGAAACAGGAACGAAGUCGGAAGGACAAAGCAUAAAAAGUGAGGAUGGAGGAAUGAUGGGAUAGGGGAGGGCGACAGAAUGGAUAGAGUGAUGGAGAGGAUAAGAAAUGUACAAAGUCGGAAUCAUGAUGUCCAGGCCCCGGUUGUUCAAAAGAUGGAUAUCACUAGCCAGUGGAUAAGUAUUAGGAAAACCAAUUGCGCUUUCCAGUGGAUAGUUGGAUAGCGUUAUCCACCUUUUAAACAACUGGGGCCAGGAGAGUUAAUCAAGAAGGACCUUGUAGAAGGCGAUAAAAGUUCGCUUUCAGUUUUCCAUGCAAUUGUCUUUUCAGAGUCACAUCGUUAUCAGCAACUCCACGGCAGGGAAUUAAGUACCUUGUGGGUUUAUGGCGAUUCCGUCAACGUCUUCUUUGCACACUCGCUAAAAACGCGAAAAAUUUGUCGGGAAAUUUUUAAGGCGUGUAAUUACAGCUACAACUGGAUUUAUCCAGUUCACAACAUUACAGCUGCCAGGAGAGAAAAUGAUAACUUAGAUUACGACAACGAAAAAGUCUUGCAAACGUUUCGUCAAGUUGUUGAGCGUCCUGAGAUGGAUGAAAGAAGUGCAAUUAUACUGAACUUUGGUCUUCAUUUCGUUGAAAGCGUAAACUUUUCAAAUUACAGGCAACUUAUCGAUGGUUUGGUGAACGUGCUGCAAGGUAAACAUAAAGCCAUGAGAUCAAAUGUAACCCAAAAAAAGUAUCGGGGAACAGUGAUCUGGAAAACUACGACAGCGAUUAAUAAGGAAAAAGCCAGUAAUAUUCAUCUUGGACAUAAGAGAUUUAUAACACAACAGGUAGGCGCUUAUUGCGACAUUAGAGGCUAUUCACAUGAUAUCGGAAUGACUUUCAUUCUGGAACGAGCUCAUGCCAUCUCCAUAUUAUAUUUCUCUGCAUUUGUUUGCAUGAUACCGAAACGACAGUUUUUUUCCCGUACAAGUCAUUCCAGAAUGAGUUCAUUCCGGUUUUCAUUCCUAAUAGAAUUCUCGUUCUAGUACGAAAUUUCAUCCUGGUAUCAUGUAAACUGAAAAGGAAUUUUGUUCCCAACACACCCAACACACGCAACGGUUGAGUGUCACCCGAACAUUUUGAAGUCGGAUUCUCUGAAGGUGCCAAAGUUGCCUUUCCGAUUGUCACUAAGAGCUACAAACUCAUUGGCAACAGGUACAAUACAAAGUUUGUCUGUUCUCUGUUUGUGGGUGUUCAGUAUUGUCAGAUUACUAAACCUUGUUUGUGUGGUAAGUGACAGAUCUGGGUGACCAAAGUAAAAAAAGGUUAUUUUACUAUACGAAAAAUUGGAUGGGCUAAAGCCCUCAGCAUUGGCAACAGCUACAAGACAAAGUUUGUCUGUUCUCUGUUUGUGGGUAUUCAGUAUUUUCAGAUUACUAAACCAUUACUAAACCUUGUUUGUGUGGUAAGUGACAGAUCUGGUACCCUGGUAGCCUGUUCCAGGCUCUCAGAUAGUGGGGAAGACGCGAAAGAAAAAGAAAGAAAAAGGCACGCGAAAAGUUGGCGGGGCCAGUUUCCUCCCGUUUUAGCUUUCUCAAUUCAGUGGACCCGACUAUCUCGGAGCCUGGAACAGGCUACUACCCUGGGUGCCAGGGACUUUUUUAGCGCGGUUUCCGGUUUCUGCCAAGUGAAGAUGUGUCGGCCUUCGGCGAACACCGAAAAUUCCCGCCGCACGAGAAAAAAACCUCUGGUAGCCAGGGUACAGAUGUGGGUGACCAAAGUAAAAAAAAAUUAUUUUACCAUCCAAAAAAGUGGAUGGGCUAAGCCUAAAGUUCCCCCCCCCCCCCCCCAGGGGCCCGGGUUGGAAAAUUUUUCAACCUUUUUUUCUCUCCCUCUUCAAAGCCACAUUUUUUUUCUAACCCUUUUUUCCCCUCCCCCUCUGCAAAAGCGGGCUUAAAGGUAUUUUUUUCUUUUUCCACACACAACCCAUACCCCACAAGCGCGUGACAUCCCGCUCCCCCCCCCCCCCCCCCCCCCGCGAGGUCCCUGUGUGGAUAAUUCUUCAAUCUGAUUUACUCUCUCUCUCUACAGCGCAUCUUGCUUUUCAACGCUUUUGCGACCUCACGCAUGUGCAAAGCAGGAUUCAAGGUUCUUGAUGUCUUUCCCAUAAGUAACUCUUACCCUCAAGGGACUGGAACUCACGGUGCCAAGGGACCAGUUAAAAACGAUAUCGUACAUUAUAGUAACUUGGCCUUCAGUCCAGUUGAGGAAUUGUUGGAGCAGUAUUUUGGCGGAGAUUAA